UCUUCUAAGUAACAUGGUACCCGAUUCGCGUUCCAGCCUCGACAAUUUCCCGAUUCAAUUGCCAUAGAUUUCUUUCUGAAAACAUCAGUGCCGAAACAACGCACUACAUUGAGAACAAUAGUGGUGUAUAUAACGCGCUGGGACCUGUUCAUUGUUCUAGAUCGAGUAAUAAAUGCGGACAGUAUCGUUAAAAUAAAAUAACGACGUACUGUAGAGAUUUGGCCAUCUUGGAAAGAUAUGUCGUAUCGGUCGAAACGUCAACAGUAUAGUGUGUACUACUCGAUACAUGUCGCUGGCUUGCUUUAACUACGGCUGACUACACGCCUAAUUAUUCCACGGAAAUAUUAACACGGUGGCGUAUUUGACACGCGAUUAUAAUUGCGACAAAAGUGAAUGAUGAAUCGCACUGACGGAUUAGUACAACGUAGACGUGUGGUUAACAGCAGUAGUAGUAGUGGACUAGGCCAGGAUGGCUCAAACGAUAUUGGUCACAAUGAUAAAUUAUCUGGCCAUACGGAUACAGACUCUUCCAUGCAAAAGGAUCUUAAUUCGAACCCGACUAUCGACGACGAUUCCGACAAAGAAACCAGAUUGACACUUAUGGAGGAGGUUCUCUUACUUGGUUUGAAGGACAAGGAGGGAUACACUUCCUUCUGGAAUGAUUGCAUAAGUUCUGGACUACGUGGUUGUAUUCUGGCAGAACUGGGAUUUCGUGGGCGGGUAGAGUUGGAGAAGGCUGGUAUGCGUAAGAAGGGUUUGUUAGUCAGGAAACUCCUGCUAAAAAAUGAUGCUCCUACCGGGGAUGUAUUAUUAGAUGAAGCUUUGAAACACUUAAAAGAAACCGAUCCACCUGAAACUGUUCCUAGUUGGAUUGAAUAUCUCAGCGGGGAGACGUGGAAUCCUUUAAAAUUAAGAUACCAGUUGAAAAAUGUUAGAGAAAGAUUAGCCAAAAAUCUUGUAGAAAAAGGUGUUUUAACAACUGAGAAACAGAAUUUCUUACUCUUUGAUAUGACAACCCAUCCUCUUACUGACAACCUUGCCAAAAGUCGUCUUGUAAAAAAGAUUCAAGAAGCUGUAUUAAGUCGUUGGGUCAAUGAUGCCGGCCGUAUGGACAGGCGAACCUUAGCGUUAGUUAUCCUAGCUCAUGCAGCUGACGUUUUAGAAAACGCAUUUGCACCAUUGUCUGACGAUGAUUAUGAGGUAGCAAUGCGACGAGUACGGACAUUAUUAGACCUCGACUUUGAAGCGGAAGCUGCUAAACCUAAUGCUAAUCCAGUUCUCUGGGCUGUAUUUGCUGCAUUUACUAAGUAACAGCCUUUUUACAAACUACAAAGUGUAUAAAGCAAAUACUGGGUACUAGCGUGGAUACUUGGGACUACCAAUUUUGCAUGAAUUUUAGUUGCAGUCUAAAAUGGAAUAGUUGCAAUUUGAAACGGAAUAGAUGCAAUCAUUGUUAAAGAUCAUAUGAUUCAGACCAAAUACCUUGAGCUCGACUGUGUAAAGCAGACUUAGAACAUUAGCCAUUUCCAUUAUUGUUAUUUAAUACACUUGAUAGCUGAAUUAUGAAUGUUCAUAUUUAAAUAUUACGAAAAAAAAAAAAAAAGAAAUAACAGGAUUUAAAAGUGUGAAUGAGUACUUCGUGUGUGGGGUAGUGCCAUGUCAGCUCAGAAACAAAAAAGAUUGCACUGUGCUGAAUUUUGUCCCAUAUUUUCUCCAUGUUUAUUGUGUCUGCGCAUGGACUGCAAAUAUGUUUACAGACACAGUAUUUACGUGGCCGACAUUUAAUGUCGAAUUAAGUGCCACAGUUCCGCUAGUUAUCUGAACGAUAAAGUGAUGAAAGUAAUUCUUUGCACAUUUCUGACGACGAGCAAUUUUUACGAUUCCUUUAGGGUCUUCUCUUACGUUAGGUUCACUUCGAAAAAUUUCGUUUCAAAUUUAUAACUUCACUAGGUGGCAGUAAAGUACUCGAAUGUCAAAAAUAUAAUUAUUUGUGAAGGUCAUUCGUAUCACACAUUUAAAACUAUCUUGAUGUAUUGCCAUGAUUUAUAAUUAAACGUUUCGCGGGAACAGUUCAGUGUUGUAUACAAAUUCCGAAGUUGAUAAAUUUUUAAUUAAUUAUAGGGCUGGGUUGAAAUUUCUCAAUCCUUGAAACUCUUGAAACUCUUCAAUUUCGAGAAAUUCAUUCCUGAUUGGUAUGUGCUUAGAUACAUUUUCAGUACAUUUUUGUUACUAACUUGUCAUGUAUAUGUUGCUAUUAUUAACAUUGUACAAUGUGAUAUAUAAGUAGAAAAAAGAAGUGCAAAGUGAAGAUUUCUUAUUAGUGAAUCAGUUUGUGAGAACAACAAAACGGAUGACAUUCAAACGGACUUGGAUAUUUUAGGAAUAUAUGUUGUUACUGUUUUAAUACGAUGGAGAAAUGUAAGUAAAUAUUAAUAAUAUAUAUACCAUCAUCUUACAAAAAUUUUAUGAGUAUGUAUAGGGUGAUCAAGAAAUAUUUCAUUCGUUUGCAACAUUAAUUUAAGAUAUUAUGUACACAAAAAGUUUGUAAUAUCGUCUUCAAUGUUUAUUUAGGUGGCAUUUUUAAGUAUUUAAUUCACAAACAUAAUUUGUGAAGAUACAUUAAUCCUUCUAACAAAAGGUAUAUUACUAUUCUUCAUUGUCAUUUUAAUCAUAUUGAUUUCAAUGUACAGUUUAUAUUAACAAUUUUCAUUCAGAUAAUGGAUGGAAUCACACUACAUACAUACAUACAUCUAUAAAGAUUAGUUUUAGUACGUGGAUUAAAAAGGAUCAAAGAGUUUCAGACCAAUUUUUACCUUUUAUUAUGUAAUAUCAGCUAAAAUUUUAUAUGUAUUUAAAAAUAGUGUCUUUAAUUUAUUUGCUAAAAAAUAACAUGUUACAUUGUUUUUAUGUGAUUAAUAUUUCUUGAAACAUCCUGCAACCAUUGAAUAUUGUAAAGGUACUUUAAUUAACAUAUAAUAAUAUUAAAGAAUUCUAUAGAUAAGUUUGUACAAUAUACAGAAUUAUUUUGUGUUUAAAUAAUUAUGUAUCAUAGGACAGUAAAUUUCUUUUCGUUUAUAUAUAUUUCUUCAAAAUAAUAAACAGCUGAUAAAGAAAUAGGUGUUCUAAAGUCCCUUAAUAUUGCUGCCUUAGUAUUACACGAUUAUAAACAUUUUAUGUUACCACCAAACUUAUCAUAAAAAGGUAUGAGCUAUUGUUAAAUUCCUUAUCAUGCAAAUUAUUAAACAAUAACUAAAAGAGAGCUUGCUGGACAAGCAUGGUUCAUAAGUGAUGAGCACUUUAUUUAACAUUUAUUGUAAUAAUACUAAUAAUUAAAAGUAAUGUUUCUACUGA